GUGAAAGGCCCGGCUCAGCAGAUCUGCUCGGAGGACAAACGGUUCCAGUUUGAGACUCUGUCAGACAGGAAGUGGCUCCACAGAGCAGAAAUUGGAGAAUAUGGUCUUCCUGUCUGGGCGGGGACCUGGAAGAUCAUGAACUUUCCCUUCAGACAGCAGAAGAAGGACUGGGACAACGACUGGCCCAGAUACCAGCAGGGUCCCAGAGAGGUGUCGGACAGAUUCCUCAGAAUCCAUGAAGAAGAGGCAGAGGAGGAGCCUGCAGGCUGGGAGGAGUCCUGGAGGCUGUCCCACGUCCCCGAGGACCAAACCAAACCCCAGAUAAACGAUGUCUUCGUCCCCGGAUGGAGGAAGUCCUGCUUCGUCUCCGCAGCUCCUCCUGAGGAGGACGAGGAGCGUCAGAGGAGCUGGAGCUGCUGCUGGAGCUUCACACAGCAGAUCAG